GCGAGAGGGGGAAGAUUAAAAAACGCAGUUCUUUGGCUGCGAACUCGCCGUACCCACUAUCUUCUCUGGAACUCUCGUUGUGGGAUGCGAAGCGGAACCACCCAAAUCGAGAGAGAAAGAGAGAUCAUUGUCUUACGCGGCGGAUGUCGUGCCCGUCACAUGCUUUCGGGUACAACGGAAGUUACUGCGCAUGCAAUCCAGGAUACUGGCAGCAGCCCAACGGGAGCUGCGCGCUGUUCUCCGGCGGCAGCGACUGGAUCACCAGCUCCGGCGUCGGCUCCUCUUCCACUAUCCUCACCUCGGUACUUCCCUUGGACAACAUCCGCCGCUUUACACUGUCUCAAGCCGUGCUACUUGAGGCCACACUGGGGAUCCUACUCGUCUGGCUCCUUUUCUGCUUCCUUAUCCGCUUUGCCCCGCUCCGCAAUGACAGUCAUUCAAUCUGGUUUCGUCUCCGCUGGUGGAUUAGCCGAAUCGAUUGCUUCUUCUCCGCCGAGCAUUGGUUGCAUAAUUUUAAGAAAUUUCUUGAAGAUUCAUCUUCUGCAUGCUUGUGACAAGAAGGAGGAUAACAAGGUGGUAGUUAAGAGGAAAACAGAGCUGGGUGGAACAUUUUCCAUGGCAAGCUGGGUAGUCUUCGUUGGGCUAUUGUCGGCAUUGCUGUAUCAGAUGAUUACGAAGAGAAGUAUUGAGGUGCAACGAGUCAUACCAGCUAAUGCACCAGAUUUACAAUCAUUUCUAAAUGAUCUGGAAUUCAAUAUCACAGUAGUUUCAAGUAUGAGCUGUUCCCAAUUACGUGGCCUUGAUACAUUGGUGAUCGGAACUCCUGGCUCGAUAGAGUAUAGAGUCCUUUCUUUGUCAAGUUAUGUAGAUUAUCAAUGCAAAAACACAAGCAGCGGUCCUACUAUUACUCUUAAAUGCACUAGCUGUCAGAUUCCCCGAAGAAAUCACUAUAUUUCAUGGCAGUUUGUUGAUAUACUUGAUGGUCCUGCCAUGGCUGUUGGUUUUCAGUUCAAUAUUACCUCCAAGGAUCACAAUAAUGACAGGCAUAUGAGCUUUGUAAGCGGUACAGUGAUAGCAAACAAUCAUACCAGUGAUAAACCUAGAACCUAUAGAGGAGCUGACCUGAAUAUUCUAGACGUUCAUUUGUUUCCUCAGAUACAUAAUAAGUUACAUGAUCUGAAGCUCAUUAAGCCUCUGGUUCAUGACUUUGUUUCGGGUUCAUCCUUUUCUGAGGUUGCUGAUCUGCAAGCUUCUCUUAUGAAUCCCAAGGAUGGAUUGAUCAACACAACAUUGCGUGUCAGCUAUCUUUCUGAUUAUAUAGUAGAGAUUGACAAUGAAAAUGUAAUGGGGCCUGUUAGUUUUCUAGCCAAUGUCGGUGGGAUUUAUGCAGUUAGUAUUGCAAUUUUCCUCUACCUGCUAGUGCAAUGUGAAGCCAGGUUUAAGAAAUUGCGUAAUGAGGACAGUAUCAUAAGAGAAAUUAAGAGUCGAACACGUGCUCGUCAUAACUGGGAGAAGAAUUGGAUCGUUCCACAAGAAGCAACUGAGAGGUCCAAUAUAAUCUUGUAUAUAUGCAAGGAGCAUUAUGAUAAUCGUUUUUCUUUCCUUUGGAUUUUUCUCCCACACUCAAGGGGAAACCGACCAUGGUUAUGAGAAUUCAAAGUUGUGACUUGAGCUGUGAUGUCAAAUGAACUAUUUGGUGCAGGCAGUUAUACCAAAAGCCUAUGUUGAUGGAGAAGGCAAAGCCACUGAGUAAACGCACAUCCACCAAUCUACUCGCAAGUUCCUCAUGAUUCAAUUCUUAAUUUUAAUCCAAUGCUGAUCCGAAAUAAACUUGCAAAGAUACAAAUCCCUAAAUAAUCUCUUUUCUACAUGGAGAGAACUUUGGGUUGGCCGAAGAGGGCCAAAGAUAUCGUGGUGCUUUUGUUGAAUUUACAAGCUUAUUUUGAAUCUGCCUUUCACAAUGUUGUAUUGAUUGAGGAAUAGCCAUUUAUGAGUGAAACAAUGGAUGUAAUGGUAGGUUCAUUAGCUAUAAGGCCUUGUAACAGAGCUCCUGGUUUGUAGUCAAUUCCUUGAAUACAUCAUCUUUUUUUUUUUUUUUAUCUUUUCUAUUUUAAGAUGCAUUAGUGACGAU